AUGGCGAUGGUGGACCCGUUAGAGACAGAGGCCAAGGCCUUGGAAGAUCAAGCAGAAGCCCUUGAGUUGGCUGGACGCAAUGACGACUUCAAGGCAGAGGUGUUGGCCUUGAUCGGCACACCUCCUCCCUUGACUACAACCACGUUGCGAGAGGUUGGGGAGCAUGUGAAGAAGCAGGCACGGGUGGAGCUGCCGCUGCCCCCCCUAGCAGCGAUUUUAACCUGGAAUGACCCUCUGUGGGACGAGGUUGCAGCUCCAGAAAGCCACUUGCCUGAGGCAGGAGAGCAGGGGCUGCAGAGCAAAUUCUGCAGGCUGCUGAACAGCGCCCCAUCCAGCAUGAGCUUCGAAUUCCAUGAUGUCCACACGGCACCAUCCGUGUGUGGCAACGACCUGAAGCCUGACACUGUCAUGAGCUUGCGCGGCAUACCUGUGUGCCCCCUCACCACAGGGGCGAUCAUGAAUCUGAAGAGGCAAGACGGCGCCUAUGACAACGACAAGAACGUUGGCCAGGCUGUCACAUACGGCCGGACCUUCCUGCAGCAGCUACCCAGAGGUCUGCGCGACACAGUGUACGUGGCAUUGACAGACUUGCAGCGCAUAACCCUGAUGCGUGUGACCUUGCCUGCAAAUGGCCAGCUAAAGGUGGACAUGAGCACUCAGCUCGCAGAUGUCAAGUCUAUUCUCUUGCAGCUGCUUAGCUGCCAGCCGGCAUCAUUGCGAGUGCAGCUGCCAGACCUGGGCCCCUCACUGAAGAUCACAGGACUCCUUGGUCAUGGAGCGACCAGCCACGUCUUUCAAGGGGCAACCUCCAAUGGGGACGAGGUGGCAAUCAAGGUGCCGCUUGCGAGAACCUUGGACCAUGAGCUGGAGAUGCUGCUCACUCUGAGGGGCCUGAGAGGUGUGCCAUCCCUGGCAAUCGACACCCUUGUCCAGGGCGCUAUCGUCUCGACGCCUGUCCUGCAGCCGCUGACAUUGGCUGUCAUCUGGCGUGCCCGUCUCCACCUUGCCGUCCCUGCCCUGGUCUCUACUUUCAAGGACGCGCACAACAUGGGCCUUGUCAACAGAGAUGUGCGCCUCAGCAACUUGAUGACUGACACAGCUGCAUCGGUGCUCUGGCCAAUUGACUGGGGUUGUGCCACACGCCAGCAGCAAGCGCCGUUUGAGGGUACCGUGCACUACGCAUCGAAGGCCAUCCUGGAUCAGCUCAUCCUGGAGCAGUGGCUGCAGUUUGGACAACAUGCCAGCGUCCUUGCCACGCCUGCAGAUGACCUCGAGUCGCUUGUGUGCACUGCCUUCUGCGUAACGCACCCAGACAUGCAGGUGGAGCUGGAGAAGCUGGCCAAGCAUCAGUUGGCAGACAUCCUGUCAUGGUGGCAACACACUGCCUGGGCCUCUCGACCUGCCUGGACGGAAGCCCUACAAGCUGCGCGUGUUCAGGAUUACACCAGUGUUGGAGUGCGACUGCAGCGCUUGCUGGAAUAG